AUGAUCCUGACCGUCGCCCCAAGCUUGUCGACGUGGACAUGGAUGGGGAUGAUUGUACUUGCCAUCCUUCAACUGAUUGUCCUCGUCAGGCGACUCUUGACCCCAGUGUCCCAGGUACCCGGCCCCUUCCUCACGAAAAUAUCCUAUGUCCCUAUUUUUGCAUACGAUCAACGCUCCGAGCGCACAGCAUGGACCAGGAGACUUCAUGACAAAUACGGUCCCGUCGUCCGUAUCUCCCCAGGUGAAGUCUCAGUGGCUUCGGCGACCGGCAUCCGCGACGUGUUCUCGGGGUCGCCUGCGUCUGGAGGAGCGUACCCGAAGUCCAAGUUGUUUGAGCUCUUCAAGCAUUUUGGAGCGCGGAACUCCUUUACCUCCAUCACCUCGGCCCAGCAUGGCUGGCGUCGCAAGGUGAUCGGGUCGAGCUAUUCACAGAGUGCCGUGUUGGCGCGAGAGACAGCAACCGGAAAUAUUUGGCGGAUCGCCGGCAACUACAUCAGGUACAUCGAAGACAACGGCAUCCCGGUGCAUGGCAAUGUUGCAGCCCGAUCCGUUGACGUACACACAGCCAACACAUACUUCGCUGGUGAUGGUGUGUCGUCAUAUGUCUUGCUCAAUGGGCUUGAGGGGCUGCCUGGGAACGAGAAGCACCGACGACUAAUUAUUGCGACACAAGAGAAGCCAGCCGACGUUCUGUCGUACUUCCAUCAGGAAUACCGUGACUUCUUCAACUGGCUGAAUUCAGUCAAGGCCUUCUUCAGAUCCUUGAUACCCGGAUGUGGCCCGCAACUGCUGUCGGAGAGAACGAGAGUCGGAGACAAAGAUCCCAAGAAGCUCAACUCUAUAUGGUACGGUGGCACCGAAUACCGAGACUACACCUACCAUAGCUACCUGGAUGCAAAAGCGAAGCUCAAGUCGAUUCCUCAAGCUCUGAACCAUGGCCCCAUCACAAUGAAGCUGGCCAGUAACGUGGUCACUGGGGAGCAGAUACAGCAGACUAACGGGCCUAUCGUUGAAGAUCCGAGCAUGAGGGGGUUCCAAAGUCAACGGAACUUCCACAAGGACGCAGGUGCUGCCAGUGAAGCAAUGGACCAUCUUAUUGCCGGGCAAGAUACAACAUCUGAGACCCUCUCACAUGCAUUGCAGGCUCUUUCUAUACUACAAAACCACGCAAUCCAGGUCAAGCUCCGCUCGGAAAUCUUGAGCCUCGACCUCCCUUUUGACCACGGUCGACCCCUGAAUGCUGAGCAAUUGGCCACGAUCAUGAAGGCAUCAUAUCUUGAUGCGGUGAUCAAGGAAACACUCCGCCUCUAUCCACCUCACACCACCAACAUUCACAGGAAUGUCCCCUCCGGUGGGCGUGUACUUGACGACUGGUAUCUGCCGGGCGGCACUAAAGUGGGAACUUCUGCAUAUAUCGUCCACAUGAACGGUGAAAUCUUCGGCCGAGAUGUAGAGUCCUGGAUACCGGAGAGGUGGCUGCUUGAAGAUCAAGAUCAAGUUCGCAAGAUGGAACACGCGCUGUGGGCUUUUGGGAGUGGGCCUCGGGGAUGUGUUGGCAAACAUCUUGCCAUGGUCGAAAUGAAGAUCUUGCUAUCAUCUCUGUACAGAAGGUAUUCAACAGUCCCCGACGAGCUGGAGGAGGUGCCUCUUGAGUCAAACCGCCAACAUGCACAGGCCCUCGCUAUUGGAAAACUUGCCUGUCGCGAGCGUAUCAAGCUGGACAUCGGCUGGACGUUCCAGCGCACAGAGACAAACCCGGAUGGUCUCACUUACGACAUGCGCACAGGAUUCCCGUCAACCAACGAUACAUGGGCGUUGAAGCCAUGGAUUCUUCCUUCAGCCAACGACUUCAUCAAGGAUCCGGCCAACUUCUAUCUGCGCCCUGACGGUAACCCGGGUAGCGAUGUCCCUUUUGUUCAAAGCUCAUUCGAUGACAGCCGCUGGGAGACGGUUACGCUGCCACAUGAUUGUGCUAUUCAAGGACCGUUCUAUUCGGAGGGAGAUCCUAUUGUGUCUCCCUCGAUGGGUCGCUUGCCUGUCUAUGGAGUUGGCUGGCGAUCUACCCGCUUGGACUUGACUCCAUAUGUCAACUUUGGCCGGGACAAGCAAUUAGCUAUUCGCCUGGAGAAUCCCACUGACUCAGCGCGAUGGUAUCCCGGAGCUGGCCUCUAUCGAAAUGUGUGGCUCACAAAGGUUGACUCCACGCAUGUCGCACAGUGGGGAACUUAUGUCAUCUCGAACAAUGUCUCUGCGCAAUCGGCAACGUUAGAUCUGACGGUUCAGGUUGAGAACACGGCAGCUAUAGAGAGGGAUGUGGAGGUCAUGACAGACGUGUAUUUAUUCGAUCCGGGCGCGAGAGUGGCGGGAGAAAAAGUGGCCGAGUUUACGACCGCGGAAGUAAAUGUUCCUGCUGGGCAAACCCAGGCGAUUACGCAGCAACCCAACCUCUACGUUGCCGUCACACAAUUGCUUGCGGAAGGGAAGGUCAUCGAUACUUACGAAACAACCUUUGGCGUUCGUUCGCUGGCUUGGGAUCCCGAUGCGGGACUCCUGGUCAACGGUGAGCUUAUCAAACUUCAAGGUGUGAACAUGCAUCACGACUUGGGCUCCCUUGGUGCGGCCUUCAAUGUCCGAGCGGCCGAGCGCAGACUUGAGCUGCUGCAGGACCUGGGUUGUAAUGCCAUUCGAAUGUCGCACAAUCCUCCCGCAGUGGAACUGCUGGACUUGACCGACCAAAUGGGAAUCUUGGUGCUUGACGAGAUCUUUGACACGUGGGAAUAUAAUAAAACCGCUGCAGAUAUCCACCUGAUCUUCCCCGAGUGGCACGAAGCAGAUCUUCGGUCUUUCCUCCGGCGUGACCGAAACCAUGCAUCAAUCAUUGGGUGGAGUUAUGGCAACGAAGCGUAUGAGCAAUACACCAAUGAGACCGGCGUCGCGCUGUCCGAAGCUUUGCGAGACAUUCUGCGCGAGGAGGAUUCGACUCGUCUGUCGACAGCGUCUGCCAACUACGCGACUCCAGACCUGCCGUUCCCAAGGGUCUUAGACAUGAUCAGCCUGAACUACCAAGGCUCAGGCAUUCGAGACACCGAUGCCUACUCUGAGCUGAGGAGCAAGGGCAUUUAUAGAUUGCCGAGCUAUCCACCAUAUCACGCCAUGUUCCCAGAAAAGCCUCUGUUCAGCUCCGAGACAGCAUCGGCGCUCAGCUCGCGCGGUGUCUAUUAUUUCCCUGUGGUGAAUGUGAACAGAGCGCUUGCCAAUGACACGUCUGGCGGCAACUCCGAACAGCUCCAGAUAAGCGCAUAUGAACUAUACACCGCUGGACCCGGCUCUUCUGCCGAUAAAGUCUUUACAGCCCAGGACGAGAAUCCGUAUGUCGCAGGUGAGUUUGUGUGGACCGGCUGGGAUUACUUGGGAGAGCCUACACCGUACGACGGCGCGCGCAGCUCCUACUACGGGAUCAUAGACCUGGCAGGAUUCAAGAAGGACCGUUUCUAUAUCUAUCAGGCUCACUGGCGUCCUGAUAUAAAGAUGGCGCAUAUCCUUCCUCAUUGGGCCUGGCCGGACAGAGUCGGCCAGGUGACUCCAGUCCAUGUCUUCUCGGCAGGUGAUGAAGCAGAGCUAUUCGUUAACGGAAAGUCGCAGGGGCGGAUACAGCGACAAGCGUAUGAAUAUCGGUUCCGAUGGGAUGAGGUUGUCUACCAAGCUGGCGAGGUAAGUGUCAUCACUUACAAGGAUGGAAAAGAAUGGGCGAGAGAUGUCGUGCGGACCGCUGGUGAGGCUGUGGCGCUGGAAUUGGAGGCCGACAGAACAUCACUUACAGCUGAUGGCCUCGAUUUAUCUUUCAUUACCGUCAAAGUCGUCGACAGCCAGGGAAACCUUGUUCCAGAGGCGAACAACACCAUCACAUUCUCACUUACUGGGCCCGGAGACAUUGUGGCCACCGACAACGGAGACGCUACAGACCUUACGCCAUUUACAUUCACAGUGAGAGAUGCCUUCAGCGGUCUCGCCCAAGGUACCGUUCGUGGUCGAGCUGGUGUCAGAGGCGAGAUCACUGUCACAGCCAGUACAGAUGGUCUUCAGCGCGCCAGCAUAGUUUUAGAGGCGCAUUAA